UAGCUUGUUAGUUGUUUCGUUAGUGUUGGUGGUUGGUCUUGUCGUACUUCCUUCCAUAGAACAUACAUUUUCUUACAUUUAUAAUCGUAAUAGUUUGUGUAUAAUAUUGAUUAUUAUACGAACUUACCGUACUUAACUGGUCAUGUUUGCUAUUCUACAGAGAAAUUCUUUCACAUGGUCAUCAUUAAAAACUAUUGCAGAUAAUCUUAAAACAAUUUCUGGAAAUAGUAAGAUCAAACCAAUUUUGUUGUGUCCCAGCAACACUAUAAAGACAAUUGUAGAAAAACAAGAAGGAAAAACGCUAGUUGUAGAAGGAGUUAUCUCUCCAUCUCCCAGAGAGCACUUGUUGAUAAAGCCUGAACCUCACACGGAAUGCAAAGCAUGCCCUUUGUGCAGUCUUAACUUGGACGUUAAGCACACGGAUGUCCUGAUUUUGAGCCAGUUUGUCCGUCAGAACGGAUCCAUGUUGCCCAAACGCAUCACAGGCCUCUGUAGUGUUCAGCACAAGAGAGUUUCGUACAUGGUUACAAUGGCUCACAAAGCAGGGCUAAUGGGAAAGUUCAAACCAAAGGAUUGUACAUUGGACCCUCGACACAGACCUCAGUGGAAACAAUGGAAUUCAUACUUUGAUGAAACAACAAUCAAGCCACCCAAAAUAUAUAUUGCUAUGAGAUACAAGAAAAAGUUGGAUGCGUUUAAGAAACAAUAUGAAUCAUAGAAGGGCUGAUAAAGUAUUUAAUAUAAAACCUAAAAUAUAAAUUGUUGAAUCUUUUUCACAA